CAGCCACAUGAUGCGUUUCCUACGAAGCCUUUAGGUACACAUCUGUUGAUAUGCGUCUUUUGACAUGCAUUUUUUGAUAUACAUCGUUUGACAAACAAGCCUUCCACUCUCCCAGUCGUGCUUCCAGGCCCGCCAUGCGCUUUCAACGGAUGGAUUUUGUCGCCAAAGAAACCCGCAACUACCGGUUCCGUCUACAUUCCUGGCUGGCUUUGUUCCCGCUCCCGUGCCGUACCGGACGCAAACGGCAUGCGGGCAAGUAAAACGGCAAGACACCAAACAUCAGGAUGGCGCGUAUAAAAUCAGAGCUCUUGCCGACAGCACCAACUUCACAGACAACAGCUUCACAGACAAUAGCUUCAUAGGCGCCGCUCGGCCGUACCCGCCAUGUACCCCGACUGGCCGCGCUCCGACGCCGACCUGGUGCCGCUGCCGCGGUUCGACGGCCCCAAGGUUAGUGCGUUCGACUUUGGCGGCGCGCAGAACAUCGAGUCCCUCCAGGAGCUCGGCGAGGGCUUGCACGGGCACGUCUCCAGGGUCAGGAUCGACAACCAGAUUUACACCCUCAAGCUGUUCCGGUUUCUCGAUUACACCGACUGGACCACCCCGUGGGACGAACACCAGCUGCUCGACCGAGACAUCAUGAGAGUGUACUACGACUUCUGGGAGCCCUUCAAUAGUGAAUUGCGCGCGUUCGGGCGCCUCCAAGAGGCCGGCCACGAAGACCUCGCCAUCAAAUGCCACGGUUACCUGCUGCUCGACCAGGCCCACGAAGACAAGAUGCGCCUCAAAUUCCCCGGGAUCUCCUUCCUGCGCAACGGCCACGAGGAGAUACCCGGGGACGAAUUGGAAAAUCCGGAAGAGGAUUGCCGUGCCUGAGUGACCGCCGGGCCGAAGCGCACCUGUGAAGACGCCGGCGUGGAGCUCGAGUCACGGUGUUGGCGGGAGUAAAAGUAGGAACGCAACCUCACAGCCCUCAUAUCACGGUAGGAGCAGUCAACGGAGCGGAUAGGGGUGAGAGAAUGAAACAC